GAAUUUUUUUCCCUUUUUUGUCCUUACGACGACGAAUCUGUCCAUCCUUCUUUCUCGCCGUAAUACAAGUUUUCCGAGUAGAGGAAGACGGCGAUGGGAACUGGGAGAGAAGUCAGCGUAUCACUCGAUGGAGUGAGAGACAAAAACCUGAUGCAGCUUAAGAAACUGAACACUGUUCUGUUCCCGGUUCGCUACAACGACAAGUACUACGCUGACGCAAUCUCAUCCGGCGAAUUCACUAAGCUUGCUUAUUACAGUGACAUAUGUGUUGGAGCUAUUGCUUGUCGGCUGGAGAAGAAAGAAGGCGGGCCCAUGCGAGUUUAUAUAAUGACACUUGGUGUUCUUGCACCAUACCGCGGCAUUGGCAUUGGCUCAAAGCUACUGAAUCAUGUUCUUGACAUGUGCUCCAAGCAAAACACGUCUGAGAUAUUCUUGCAUGUUCAGACAAACAACGAAGAUGCGAUCAAGUUCUACAAGAAGUUUGGGUUCGAGAUCACAGAGACCAUACAAGACUAUUACAUCAACAUCGAGCCAAGAGACUGCUAUGUCGUCACCAAGUCCUUUGCUCAACCUGAAGCCAACAAAUGAUGAACAAUACGUGACUUGGGGAAGGCAUUCUUCCCCAGUUUGUUUGCCCAGUUCAAGUCUAUUCUUAAUGUUACAAUGCGUCUGUUUCCUAGUUUUGCUUGUUUUUGAUGACCUUAUCUAAUGGUUCUCUAUACCUAGUACUAGUAGUAAUGACCCCUUGGUUUUGGACCUUUUGAUUGGGGAAGUUUUGACUUUGUAACUCUUGUCUUUACUACUACUACUACUCAUGGAGUUUGUUAAAUUAAUUCUGCAAUAAAUUUUAAAAUUGUUUAA